AAAUAACAUUGAGAAUAUUGAUUAAAAUUAUAAUGAUGAUUUUGAUGAUGAUACGAUGACAAUGACAAUGAUGAUGGUACAAAAACGAAUUUUUGUCAGUGGUGGCGAUGAACAUUUCAAAAGUGAGAGAGGUCAGAGGUAGCGCGAUGGAAGCAUCCGGUGGAUUACUUGGCCUACCCAAAAGCCUUUCGCCAAUCCUCAAUUUUGAAAAGGAAAUAAGGCAGUGAGUUUACAAUGACACAAAAGGAGGUAUGUGGCCCCUCUAACCAGACCAAUUUUUGACAAAAAUGACACAAAUCGUGUACAAUAAAUGAGAUCUUGGUGAAGUGUUGUAGUGAUUACUAACAUUGCAAAAAGGUUGCUGGAAUCGAUUGUCCUUAGUUUUGUGGUGCACAUUAAACAAUUCUUCUUUAGCCAAAGUAAAAUGGUGUAAACAUUUUGUGCUAAAACCUCUUUUACAUAUUUUUUUACAGGAAACUCGCAGGAACUCGCAAGUUUGUCAAAUCCCUAACCGAUGUCUGACUUACCUUAUCUAUUGAUGGGUGACAAAAAAUAUGCCUUCUUUCAGAAUCCUUACCCAGGUAGAAAUUAUGGGUCAAUCAGAGUUCUUGAACAUCAACAUAACAUUUACUCAAAAUGAUCUCUUCCCGUACCUGCUGAACAUAGUUGCGUUGGACUAUCUCAUAUUAGAAUGGGUCGCUGUAGCACAUGUUCUUUCGAUCAGGCAGACCUCUCAAGCACAUGCGGCAACAUUCACACACAUCUUUCAAGGAACGACAAGGCAAUGCCCAGCAUUUGACAAUGGCAAAGAGCUCUUAGGCAUCACUGCUGAUUUUCCAGAUGCCAAAGCAGAAGGCCUUCAGGAUGUUCUUGGUCGAGAUUUUGCAGACAAGAUACUUAGAGGUUGCAAGGUACAUAUUUCAAAUUAGUCUUAGAAUUAUUUAACUCCAUGUUUAGUCCUAGGGGA